UUUUUUUUAUAUAAAGAAAAAGGUGUCUGAACAUUUCAAUCCAUCAAUUUUCUCAAUCUGCUUCAUUGUUUCUGAUUUUCUUGAUACCAAAGCCAUCUGCUUCACAGCAUUCAAUUUGCUCCUAAUUCUUGCUUCCUCUUCUAGUUUUCAGAUUUCCUUUCUCUACCUUUGAUUCCCAAUAUUUUUUUUUUCCCGAGCAACUGUUUGCUCACCCAAACCAAACAAAUAGCAUAUAGUUUGGGGUUGUUGGAUGCUCAGAUUAUAUGGCAGAACAAAUUGUAUGCUUUGUGAUCGACAAGUUAUUUCAACUACUCAUCACCACAGAAGCAAACCUUUCGAGAGACGUACGCAAAGAAGUUGGUUUCAUCAAAGAUGAGCUAGAGAGCAUCCGAUCAUUCCUCAAGGACGCAGAUGCUAAGGCGGCUGCAGAUGGAGAGACGACGAAUGACAGUGUCAAAACUUGGGUCAACCAAGUAAGAGAAGCAGCUUUUUACAUUGAAGAUGUCAUUGAUGAAUAUUUGCUCCGCAUCACACGGCACCAUCAAGAUCCUGGAUUCAUUCGUUUUUUCCAUAAAAUUAUCCGGUCGGCUAAAAAAAUGAGAUCACCGGAUGCGAUAGUUUCGAAAGUUGACUGUAUGAAAGUAUUGGUUCGUGAUAUUCAGGAAAGAAGAAAAAGAUACGAACUCAGUUCCAUUGACCAGCAAGGUCAAGAUAAUGGCGAAAAGACUCUUCUGCGGCAUGACCCUCGAGUGGCUUCCCUUUUCAUUGAGGAGGCUGAAGUGGUGGGGAUUGAACCCGCCAGAGCAAAGCUAACUAAUUUGUUGGUUGGAGGAGCGCCGAGACGCGAAGUGAUAUCAGUGGUUGGCAUGGGAGGAAUUGGGAAGACCACUCUUGCAAAAAAAGUUUAUGACAAUCAGGCAGUGCUGUACCAAUUUGAUUGCUACGCUUGGAUUAUGGUGUCCCAGACAUACAAGGUGGAGGAUCUUCUGAGGACGGUAAUCAAAAGGUUAUAUAAUUCAGGGAAGCAGAAUUUGCCAAAGGGAAUUGACACAAUAGACAAGGAGUCCUUGAUCAGAAAAUCAAGAGAGUAUUUGCAGGAAAAGAGGUAUGUUGUUGUGUUUGAUGAUGUGUGGGAAGUAGAUUUUUGGGGGGCUAUAGAACAUGCUUUACCGGAUAAUAAAGGCGGAAGAAUAAUGAUUACUACAAGGAGUCAAGAUGUUGCCGAUUUUUGCAAAAAAUCUUGUUUUGUUCAUGUUCAUCACUUGCAACCUCUGCCUCCGGAGAAGGCAUGGGAAUUGUUUUGUAGAAAGGCAUUUCAGUUUGAAUUGGAGGGAAAGUGCCCUCCAGAGUUAGAAGAUAUGUCACGGGAAAUCGUUAAAAAGUGCGAGGGACUACCUUUGGCAAUUGUUUGCAUAGGUGGUCUGCUGUCAACGAAAGAUAAAGUGGUGGAUGAAUGGCGGAAGUUAUACAAUAGCUUAAGUUCAGAGUUGGAAAGCAAUCCCCAUCUUACAAGCCUCACAAGAAUCCUAUCCCUCAGCUAUCACCAUCUACCAUAUUACCUCAAAUCAUGCGUCUUAUACUUUGGCAUCUUUCCAGAGGACUACUCAAUUAGUUGUGUAAGAUUGAUUCGGUUGUGGAUUGCUGAAGGGUUUGUAAAAUUGCAGGAAGGCAAGACACUGGAAGAGGUUGGAGAGGAAUACUUGACUGAGCUAAUUCACAGAAGCUUGGUUCAAGUGUCAAAAGUUUACAUGAAUGGAAAAGCUCGAAGUUGUAGAGUUCAUGAUCUGUUGCGCGAAGUCCUCCUUAAAAAGGGUGGGGAUUCAAGCUUCUGUCAUGUCUUAUCGAAAGACAAGUCAACUUUUAAACCAACAAAUCGGCGUCUCUCAAUCAACGUCAGUCCCUCUGAAGUCUUGGGAAGCAUUACACAGUCUCAUAUUCGUUCUGUGUUUACUUUCAACCAAGAAGAAUGGCCCGAGUCUUUCCUCAAUACAUUGAGGGGAAACUUUCAACUUCUGAAAGUUUUGGAUUUCAUGGACGCUCCAAUCAAUCAACUUCCGAAAUAUGUGGGGGAUUUGUAUCUCUUGACGUAUUUAAGCCUGAGGAAUACAAAGGUGGAGUUGCUUCCAGACUCCAUAGGCAAUCUGAAAAACUUAGAAACUCUGGAUCUAAAACAGUCUUUGGUGUAUGAAAUACCAGCGAAGAUCAAUAAGCUUGUUAAGCUGCGGUUUCUUUUGGUCUACUAUCGUAACUACAGCAUGCGUUUUUGCUUGAAUAGGGAAAGAGGAGUGAAGAUACAUGAAGGUAUUGGAUGCUUACAAGCUUUGCAAAAACUGUACCAUGUGGAGGCGAAUCAUGGAGGGAUCAAGCUAAUCAAAGAAUUGGGAAAGUUAAGGCAGCUGCGGAAGUUGGGCCUAAAAAAAUUGAAACGUGAAGAUGGAAGGGCUCUGUGUGCUUCUAUUGAAAAGAUGAAUCGCCUUGAAUCUCUAGAUUUAAGUGCAAUAAGUGAAGAUGAAGUCCUUGAUCUAGAAUCCAUUUCAACUCCACCAGAAUUUAUUCGGUCUCUGAUCUUGAAGGGGCGUUUAGAGCAGUUGCCAAGUUGGAUUUCAAAUCUUCAACACCUCGUCAGAUUGGUGAUUCAUUGGUCAAGGUUGAGAGAUUCCCCAUUGAAAGCCCUUCAAAAUCUUCCUAAUCUGUUGGAGCUUCGUUUGGGACAAAUGGGAUAUGAUGGCGUGCAGCUGCAUUUUGAGGAAGGAGGAUUUCAGAAACUUAGGGUGCUACUACUCAAGGAAAUGCAGGGACUAAAUUCACUGAUCAUAGACAAUGGGGUUAUGCCUCUUCUCCAAGAGUUUUACAUUGGAUCUUGCCCACAACUGAAGGAGGUGCCAUCUGGCAUCCACCACCUCCGAAAUUUGAGAGGUCUUGCGUUUAAUGACAUGACGAAGGAGCUUGCACGACAAAUGGAUCCAAAUAAUGGCCCACAUUAUUGGAUUGUUAAACAUAUACGACAAGUUUGUUUUUGUUACAAUUCUGGCCCGAGAUAUGGCGAUAAUGAAGUCCACUACCUGUAUGAUUCCGAUUUUUCGUCUUGGUCGAAUGCCUGAUUCCAACUUGAUAAAAAAAAAAUGGGAGUGUCUAAAGACUACAGGUUUAUGGGCCGUUAAGAUUGAAUUGUUAGCUCUGCUGUCCUUGGUUCUUGUGUAGAUUGACUGGGAGGGGCUCUUUCUUCUUCGCUUUUUUUUUUCUUUUGUGUGUCGUGCUUGGGUGUGGUCUUCUUAGCAUUUUUCUUGUUAUUUUUUUUGUGGUUGCAAUAAAUUGUUUUUAAUUAAAAAUUAAAAUAACAA